UUGACCAACCCAAAUCCAAACCUAAUAAAUGGUAUUUUUAAAAGGUCGGGUUCAAUCCAGCCCCCAAAUGGCCCCAUAAAAACAGAGGGCAAAUAGAGUACUACUUCAUCGUCUUCUUACACACGAACUCUCACAAAAUCGAUACCAUGGAGUCGGCUUUUGGUUUCCGGCUGAUUCCAACCACCCACUCUUCGUUUCUUCCACACCACCUCCCCAUUAAGCUCAGAUUACCGAGCUUACAACGUUCGAGCUUCGUUGAGCAACAACGUAAUCGAAAGAACGUGAUUACAAGUUCUUAUGGCUCCGAAGAAAACGGGCCGCCUGAUGGAUUCCAGUUCACACCAACCAAGAUUUUUAUGGAAGAGGCAAUCGGAGCUGAAUAUGGAGAAGGUUUUGAGACAUUCAGACCAGAUGGACCAUUAAAAGUUGAUGUUGAUUUUUUAAAUGAUCGACUACAAGAAGGUUUUCUGAAACGAAUUCGAUAUGCUAUGAAGCCUGAUGAAGCUUAUGGACUUAUUUUCUCAUGGGACAAUGUGGUGGCUGGUACUCAAGCAUUGAAAUUGAGUGCUUGGAAACAACUUGCACAUGAAGAAGGAAAGGAGAUCCCUGAUGGUGUACAUAGGCUUUUGCUUCAUGGUGCUCCUGAUCAUGUUUUACAUAAGGUGUUGCUGUGGGGGGAUGAAGCAUGUGAGUUAGAAAGAUUAAAGUCGAAGCUUUCACAGUUGUAUAGCAACAAUCUCCUUAAGCUUUCAGAACCCUUGGAAGGCCUGAAAGAGUGGUUGGAUGCAGUAUCAACCGCCCGAAUCCCUUGUGCUGUUGUUUCUAGUCUUGAUAGGCGAGUCAUGGUUGAAAUAUUGGAAAAUAUGGGGCUCAUGACAUAUUUCCAGGCAAUAGUAACGGAAGAAGAUGGCAUGGAUUCCAUGGCUCACAGAUUACUUUCUGCUGCAGUAAAAUUGGAUCGAAAACCGUCGAAAUGUGUGGUAUUUGAAGAUGAUCCACGGGGUAUAACUGCAGCUCACAACUGCACGAUGAUGGCGGUUGGGCUUAUUGGUGCACAUCCAGCUUACGAUCUGGUGCAAGCUGACCUGGCGGUUGGUAGUUUUAAUGAAUUGUCGGUGAUUAACCUGAGGAGACUUUUCGCACAUACAGGGUCAACUUUCAUGGAACUACAAAAGCAAGUUGUAGAGAAAACACCUCCAAGAAGGAGACUUACAAUCGACACCAUCUACUGAUCGAGAUUAUUCCCAUAAAUUCUUGUUGUAAAU